AUGGUCAUAAAAGAUUUAUGUUUACCAAUAAGAUUGAAAUGUGAUAGCCAUUGUGGUUGUGAACAAUUGCGUAAAAAUGAUCGUGAUAUUAAAAAAUCUACCAGAGAAGUGGAACGAAAUAGAACCGAUUUGGAAAAACUUGAGAAAAAUAUAGAAAAUGAUAUCAAACAGGCUGCAAAGAAAGGAAAUAAGGAGGUGUUGAAAGUUCUUGCCAAACAACUUGUCAAGGUGAGAAAACAGAAGGCAAAUACAUACACAGCAGCAUCUCGAUUUCAAGCUGUAUCAGUUCAAGGAAAGCUUAUACACUCCCAAAAUGAGAUGACUAACGCGAUAUCGACGUCAGCGAAGACGUUAUCAGAAUUUAAUAAAGUAAUGGACCCCAUGAAAACAAUUGAAAUAAUGAAAGAAUUUGAAAAACAAAAUGCCAAAAUGAAUCUAACAGAGGAAAUGAUAAGUGAUAGUUUGGAUGAUAUAAUGAAUGACUCGAACGACGAAGAAGAAGAGAACACUGUUGUUAAUCAAAUACUAGACGAAAUCGGGAUUGAAAUAUCUGCAAAAUUAAUUGAUGCUCCAAAGGCUCCAAACAAUUUACAUACCGGACCAAAGCAACGAAAUCUUUCAACUGAUUCUUUGGACAAACAAUUGGCAAAUUUAAAAGCUUCUUGA